AUGUUAAUGAAUGGUAUGCAAUUGAAUUCCAGAAUUCUAAAUCUUUAUAAUCAACAAAGACAUGGUACCGAGUCGUUGAAACCAUUAAAUGAGGAUCUGGAGAAAGGAUCCAUUCCAUUAGAACAAGAUGAUGAAAAGUACGUCGCGCUAAAAGCCAGUGCACAAACAUUGACUCCAGAACUUGAAGCUGUGCUUGAGAAAAACUGGAUGAAUGAAUACCCGCACUCUGGAUCUGAUACUACAUCUACUCCAUCUGUAAUAAAGCAUAAACUAGCAUAUCAAAUGAAUGGCGAAUUAUCAAACAAAUCGUCUAUAAGCAAACUAAGAAAUACUUCGUUCCCUAAUGAUACCAGCCCCAUAGCAAGAAGCCAACAUGUAUUUGAAAAGCUUCAGAGGAAAUUCUCAAUCAAAUCACCAACAAACAAAGAUAAACAUCUGAAAACGGGUUCCAGUGCCUCAGAACCUCGAAACUCAUUUCAGCCAGAAAUAAAUGCAAAGUAUGUCACAAGACUAUCUACCAUUCCCGAUAUGUCGAAGAGUUAUUUAAAUAUACUGAAACAAACUAACGAAGUUAAUAGUGCAACCUCGGUGUGUUUGAAAGACUCUGAUGAUAUCGAUAGAAGUUUACUGAAAAUGGAAAAAGACGCUCUCGACUUGUAUGACAGUGUUUUACUGCCUUCUAUCUUGCAUAAUUCAAAAAUGAUUGAAAAGUCUGCCUCACAAUCUGCUAGUAGUCUGAUCAAUGAGGACAAUAUUAAAAAGAAAGACUAUGUUAAGAACGAUGAAGACGAUGACGAUGAUGACGAACUGGAAAAAAUAUUGGAAGAGGAUUUGCAAAUACGACCAUUGCAAGUACCUCAUAUAUUCAAAGGCUCUGUUUCACAACCGAAUUUAAGGACAGAUAUGAAGUCCAAUACCAUUACGUUAAAUAAUUGGAACGAAAACAAAUCAUCAUUGUUGGAGAAAGAAAAACAAAAUCAAAAACAAUCGGACCAUAUGUACCUUCCUUAUGAUUUUGACACAAAUUUUAGUUUCCCAUCAAAGAAGAACAGUUCCCACUUAGCUUUUGUUGGCAGCGAUGCGGAAGAAGAGAUUAUGACCUUUGUUGACGAAGCAAUCAAACCUCAUGAUAACCAGUUGAUGGAAGAAGGACUAAAGCAGGACUCCCCUUCUGUAAAUCCAUUGCUAUAUUCCCAGAGUAUCCAUUCCCCCACAAAAUCUGUUUCUUCAGUUGCUACUGCAACAAAAACUCCGGUGAAGUUCAAUUCUGGAGCAUUUUCUACAGAAGACACUAGAGAUGAUUCUCAGAUUUCCCUAUACUUGAAUAGUAAUAAUUCGAGACAAGUAUUUUCCGCACAAUCAUCUCCAACGAGAUUGAGUAAGAGACUCAGCCAGAGAUUUUCUCGUGUGAAUUUGAGGUAUGAUGAUGAGUCGCAUAACAAUAUGCAUUCACAUUCCAAAUCACUGACUUUAUCAGGCUUCCAUUACCGUCACCACUCUGAAACGAAUUCAUAUACUCAGAUUGACCUGUCUUAUAUACAUUCGUUGCAACAGAAACACUCACCACAAAGGUCUGUCUGUACUCAAAAUUCAAGAAGAAGAAGCUCGAUAUACCAAUCAGUUAGUGAGAUACCGAAAAUAGAAACUACUAACGAUGAGUUACAUCCGGUGUCGGAUUCGGAAUCCUUGGACAUAGAAGAAGAAGAAGAAGAAGACAAUGAUAUAGAUAGUGCACUCAGUUUCGGUGCGGGAAGGGAGUUUGUAGGCGUCGAUACCGGAUUGAGUGAGUACGAUAGAGAAAAACUUUCCAUUCUUGUGAGUCGUCAACAAACUCUGAACAAGUACUAG